CGUGUAAACGCUCACAGUCACUUGAAAAGCCCAUACUUCGCCCAUUGGGAAACUGGUUGUCCAAACCCACCAUGAUGUUCCGUGUCGGCGCGUUCGCUCUUUUCUGCUCUUUGGUUUCGGCCUCAAGCUUUGUUCCUUCGGGGGACAUUCCCGCUGAUUCCAAGCUGGGUUCUUCUCUCCUCAAAAGGGCCACCGUCGUAGAACCGUCGCGUCACCUCGAACAAAACAGUCGCGAUACCACGUUCAUUGCCAACUACUCCAUCAAAUACUUGGGAUGUAGCAGUUUAGUGCAGGUGAACACGCAAGGUAACGGACAGAAAGAAGGUAAUGACCAGAAGGACGGGAACGGUGGACAAAGCAUCGUUUAUACUCAGAAUUUGGUGCGCUUCGCUCUUUGCCCAUCUGGUUCCUGUUCGUCGUGCUCGGGCGGCGGCGAAUACGUCGUCAACAUGGUGGACUUUGUGGACGCCUACACCGAGGCCAAGUUGACCGAAACGGAAUACAAUUGCGAACAGAUCCGGGAAAACUGUAACAACGACGAUGAAAGCAGUUGCUACUCGGCCGCGGGUGCCACCGAGUGCGAUCAAUACGAAGGACAAGAUGUCUUCGAAAUCCAGGAAUACCUGGAGUGCCGUCAGCUGGGGAACCAGAAUGGAAACGACAACAGUAACAACGGUCAGUAUACGUACAACAACUACUACGUUGGACCCUACUGCUCCUCCAAGGAUAGCAAAUCCAUUUACCUCGGUGUCUUUUACGAUGAUCAGUGCUCCAGCAGGGCCAAUACAAAUGUCUAUGCUAACAUGAACUCUGGUGCGACCCUUCCGUUUUCCAAAGAAUCCAUUGUGGUUUCGGGAUGCAUUUCUUGCAAGGAUCAGCAAAACAACAACAACAACAAUAAUAACAACAACAACAACAACAGCGACCAGCCGAGCGAACUCUGCCAGGAAGUCUACCAAAGCGCCGCUAAAUGUGAAUCAGCAAUGAGUGGGUCUCAAUCUCCCGAUACUAGUGGCUGUGAAUUUAUCGACAAUAUCCUUCCCCGUCUUGAAAGUGCGUCGCUAGCGAUCACAACGGGAAGACGAAGUGGAACGGGCAACGCGUUUGCCUGGUUGUUUGCUUUGACCACUUUACUAUUUGGUGCAUACUCCUACUUUCUAUACCGUAAGAUCAAGCGAGGUAGCGUGACUCUAUCCAGCCAGGAUGGCUCCAUGGCGUGAGCCGUCAAAGAACCCCGUGUGCGCUCACCAAACUAAGCAUUCAUUCCUAUUGAACAUUUAUGAAAACUAAUCACAACUGCCAAGCUUGGCUUCGUCAAUUUAUUGUUGAAAUUUUCACAGAAAUAACAAUUUCGGUGAUCGCUUAGAAUAAAGAAACUUUAAGUCCAUCUAGAGC